AUGAAGAUAUUAUGGGAGAGCGAUUGGCAGGGAGCCAGAAUCGAGCAAUCGAUUACUCAUCUCUCAUGGAUUCAUCAACCAGACAAACCAGAUCAUGGUCUACUGGGUGUUGGGACUGAUAGCGGAUCUGUUGGAGUCACUUUGACAGAUUUCCGUCCAACUCCAGAUGAUCUGACCAGGUAUAAUUUCAAUCUUCGUGGCCAUCACAGUGCCAUUCGAAUGGUCACUUGGAACAGAUCUCAAACCAAGUUGGCCUCUUGUGAUGCCACUGGAAUCAUCUAUGUUUGGGUGAGAAAUGAUGAUCGGUGGUCGGUUGAAUUGGUAAAUGAUCGAGGAGUCAAAGUAAGUGAUCUGGCAUGGAGUCCGUGUGGAGGAUCCGCGUUGAUUUGCUAUGAGGAUAACUUUGUGUUGAUCGGAAGUGCCAGUGGGCAACGUGUCUGGAGUAACAGUUUCCCAGCGACUUCAUCAGUCACUUGUGGCGUUUGGGCACCUGAUUCAAAACAGUUGGUUUUGGGAUUUUCUACCGGAACAAUUCAAGUUUUGUCGAGUCAAGGAGCUAAUAUUACGGAGAGAAGUUUCACGGAGGAUCGGCUGAAUCAGAUGGCAUUUUCUCCUGUGAGAGGGAAAGAUAAAGAGGAAGAAUGGACACUGGCAAUGCUGACGGCAUCAAAUAAAAUCAUAAUGAUCAGUGCAUACGAUCAAAUCAAUUCUCUCGUCUACAGAUCCCCUUUCCAAGUGAUUCGAAUGCAAUGGAAUUUCGAUGGAACAAUUCUCGCAGUCAUCAAUUCCAACAACGAACUUGUUAUGCUAGACACGAAUUGCCGCGUCAUUCAUCGUGAGAGAGUAUCAGUAUCUGAAAAAGGGAAAGCUCUGAUACCAGCUCCUGUGAUAGCUCCAAGGCUGACAGCAUUCACAUGGGCUCACCAGGGAAAUGUUGUUAUUUUGGCAGCUGCUGGAUGUCUUACUACCGGUCGGAUAUUAUUUGGAGUUCCUUCACUUUUCGAGAUUGUGACCUAUGAUUUGUGGAAAAUGAUGGGAAGCUCAGCAAAAAAAGUGGACAAACUUCCGAUUCCAUUGAAGGAAAUGAAUGCAUUGAGAGAGUUGGAUCAUCACGUCAUCAGAUGUCGAAUUCCCCGACCGCAAGAGCUGUGUUCAUACGUGUGCAGUGUCGUUGAUGCCCGUUGUUAUUGUACAAUUCGACCGUUGGCACGUGGCAGUCACACAUAUGUUUUAUGUUUCGAACAUUUGGGUGGAUUGGUCCCUCUGCUACUUGGAAGACAAGUCAAUCGAUUUUUACCUCAAUUCCAAAUUUUCUUGUUUCAAUCGAGUCCAUGUCCGAUUUCAUUGGCUCCAGGAUCAUCUGCACAAGUUGAGGACGUCAAUUCGAUAGUUCGUGCUUCGAAUGCUCGAAAUUCGUUGUGGCGUCGAAGUAAACGGCAAUUACGAGCCCUGAUGUCAAAACAUGUUCGUCCCACUCGUCCGGAUACUCGUCUUCUCCAAGUCUCCUCAAAUGUCUGGUGCACUCGAUUCAAUAUUUCUUCCCUCUCGCCAACCCUUCUACCAUCAUUCCUUGGACAAGUCAUCUAUAAAACCUCUGUUUUACACCUCCAACCACGUCAAAUGACGAUUGAUUUGGCUGUUUUGAAGAAGGAAACAGGGAAAGAUCUACCAGAAGUUGAAGGAGGAACAACUCAUUUGACAUCAUCUGAACAAGGAUUGACUUCAGAAGAGAGACAGUUCUUUGAAAAGAUUCUAUUGGAAUGUCUGUCCCUUCGAGCUGCAAUUAACUCUUCAAACUUUGGGAAACCAUUGGCCACGCCCACUCCACCUCCUCCACCUCCAGCAUGUCAACCGUCAACAUCAAAAGCUCAUGAAUCAUCAACCCAAACGACGCCAAUUAGUACUCGAACGAUUGAAUCGAAACACGAUGUGACGAGUAUGGCAAGUUCUGUGAGUACAUGGCAUGAAGAGAUUGAGACAUUGGCAUUUAUUGAUGGAGACGGAGCAAUGGAUAAUGAUAAGACACUGCUAGUUGAGCCAGCAUUGAAGAGUGGAUGGGAUGCAAUGGAGAUGCAAGCGAGUAAAAAAGAUGCAGAGGUUAUACGAUCACAUGUGGAUAAAUUGGCAUCUAUAGCAGAGCAAUUGAGUAAACGACACGGAGAUUUCAAUGUGAAACGAGACAAAGCUUCGAUCAACAAAAUGCGUUCUCAAAUGAAAACUUUGCUCAGAAGAGUGAAUGAAAUUGAACAGAAAGUAGCGAAUGGAGAUGUGAAAACUGAAGUUCGACAGCUUCUCAGUACACUAAAAGAAAUGAAAAAAGCGUUGGGAGAAGGAGUUCCAAAGAGUGGACGACAUCCGGAAUCUUCUUGUAAAAUCGAGACGAUGUCGAAUAAAACUCCGUUCUGGAAUGAACAAAAUCAAGUUUAUCAACUGGAUUUCGGAGGAAGAGUCACUCAGGAAUCGGCAAAAAACUUCCAGAUCGAGUUGGAUACGAAACAAGUUCUGCAAUUCGGCAGAAUCGAAGGUGGUUCGUAUACUCUCGACUUCCGAUACCCAUUCUCUGCAUCUCAAGCGUUCGCUGUUGCUCUCGCCAGCAUUACUCAACGGCUGAAAUGA